AUGGGGGUGAUUGGAGCUCUGACGAUGAUCGGGAAGUUGGUUAAUGAUGUUUUGAGUUUUGUUAUCUUCUCCGUUCUUGAUGUUCUUGAUUUGAUCCUUUGUUAUGUGUAUAAAAUUAUUGAUUUCUUCAUUGAAGCUGAAUGGAAACCCUGUUACUGUUCUUCCCCAAAAGAAGCCAUCACCGGAAGUGGUAAAAUCUUGGUGUCGGAGAAAGGUGAAUCCAAGAAGAUCGUUUGUCUUACUUCCACCAAGUUACAACUGGAAGAGAUCUCCGAUACCCUCUAUACCAGGCCAUCUUUGGUGGCGGAGGUUUCUAAAACCACCGUCAAGGAGCUUAAACGCCGGAAGAUCAGUGACACAACCACCGUCAUUAGUACUACUUCCAUUAAUAAGUCCACCGUCCGAUCAACUUUCACGGUGAACAACACCAUUGUCGAAAUGCUCCAAGAGAAAAUCGGUGCUCAUAAGUCUCAUCCAACUCCUAGGUGGUCUGAUUGCGACUGUGAUACCUGCAACUCUUGGUCAAACUCUUGUCAAGAUACUCUUUUUGUCCACACCGAUGGACCUAAAGAUAAUGUGGGAGACGAUGUCUUAUUCAUUCAUGGGUUCAUAUCAUCGUCGACAUUCUGGACAGAAACAUUGUUUCCAAACUUCUCGAGAUCAACCAAAUCUAAAUAUCGAUUAUUCGCCAUAGAUCUGUUGGGUUUCGGAAAAAGUCCAAAACCACACGACUCACUUUACACGAUGAAAGAGCAUUUAGACAUGAUAGAAAGAUCGGUUCUUGACGAACACAAAGUGAAAUCUUUCCACAUAGUGGCUCAUUCUCUCGGUUGCAUCCUAGCUCUUGCACUCGCCGUCAAAUACCCCAACUCCGUCAAGUCUCUCACCCUGCUAGCUCCGCCAUAUUUUCCGACGCCGAAAGGGGAACAAGCGACACAGUAUAUGAUGAGGAAGGUGGCGCCACGGCGGGUGUGGCCAUUGAUAGCGUUCGGAGCUUCGUUAGCUUGCUGGUAUGAACAUGUUAGCCGAACCAUUUGUUUGCUUAUCUGCAAGAACCACCGAAUCUGGGAAUUUCUCACCAAACUCAUCACCAGAAACAGGAUUAAGACCUACUUGAUCAAAGGUUUUUGCUGCCAUACACAUAAUGCUGCGUGGCAUACCCUUCAUAACAUCAUAUGUGGGACCGCCGGCAAGAUCGAAGGGUAUUUGGAUACGGUUCAAAACCAGUUGAAUUGCAGCGUUAAUGUCUUCCAUGGCGAAGACGAUGAACUCAUCCCAGUCGAAUGUAGCGCCAACGUGAAGACCAAAGUCCCACGGGCCCACGUGAAGGUUGUCAAAAAGAAAGAUCAUAUCACCAUUGUUGUGGGACGUCAAGAAGCUUUCGCUAGAGAACUCGAGGAGAUUUGGAGGAAUUCUAAAACGAGUUGAAAAGGGUGAUUAAAUGAACGAUCAAAUCCAUCAAAAAUCAAGAAGAACGAUGGAUGAAUACUAGAGAACAGUAAUAUAUAUGUACGAUUUCACGAAGCUAUUGCUUAUUUCUUUUUUUCCUCUGUCUUACUUUUCGUUUUUACUAAAGGUGAUUAAUUACUUGAACGCUUAUACCUUACUGAUGGUA